AAUUAUUUAUCAAUUACAUAAAUUUUGUGAAAAAAACCUUUCACAAAACCUCAAUCAAAAGCUGGAUUUAACCACCCUUACAAAAUACAACAUAUAUAUAUUCUAAAAUUACAAACCCAUGGCAAAUUUUUAAAGAAGAAAAUUAAAUGUUACCAGAAGUUUGUUAUUUAGUUAGAUUUCUUACAAAACCAAACCGAUGAAAAGGGGAAAAGAAAGCUCAUCGAACAUAAACAUCCAAAACAAACAACCACUUUCGUUUACAUAUAAGUCACAAAAACAAAAUUAAGAAAAACAAAACUAUUCAAGAGAGCUAUGGGGUCCGGGUUCAAGAUCGGAUCAAGUCUCCGUUUAGCCACCGCAUUCACAUGGUGCCUUCUCAUUGCAUCAACCUAUGUUCCAUACACCACAUCAGCAGCCCGGUUUGAGGUAAGAAACGAGAUAACCAAAUUCCCGGGAAGAAACCGACAACUCUCGUUUGAAUGUUGGUCAACUACCAACGAUCUAGGCUUGCAUGCUCUCAAACCAGGAGAAUCCAAAAGCUGGUCGUUCAAGGCGGUAUACAUCAAGUUACCGUUCAUGUACACGUACUUUCAGUGCAGGUUCUUCGUCGGCUUUGGCUCGCCUGAUGGUCAGGUCGCAACUGUUUUUGCUGGUGAGAGAAAAUUCAGGUACGAAUGCGAUGAUCAGGAGGAAGAGUGCAUUUGGGUGGUGAAGAGAGAAGGGUUAUAUAUAAGGAAGAUCACAAGGGAUGAUAAAGGCCAAAGGCUUUACGAAGACGCAUUGAAGCUGGCUUGGAUUGGUGGUACUAACUACUUCCCGAUUUAUGAGGAUCAAUAAUCAUUAACAUUUCCAUAUAAAUAGCAAACAUCUUCUAUUUGUUUUUUACUUUAUUUUAUUUUAUUUUUUCAAACAUCUUUUAUUUAUUUUUCCUCUUUAUGUAUACUUAGCAAAUUCGAGAUCAAUACAGAAUCAACUCUAAGCAAUGAAAAGAGCAUGUUGUUCACUCGGGCUUAGAUGAUUACAAUAAAUUACCUGAAAGUUUUUUUUUUUCUUUUUCGCUCAAGCUCCAUAUUUUGGGGCCUUCCAAAGUUUGAAAGCAAAGUCUAACAAAGAUUUCCAGAGAGUUGCAAUGGAAAAACAAAAAUGCUUGAAACAAGCCAUGUUGUAUAUUAACAAAAGUUUCAUUAAGUUGAAAUUACUAGAGUUUAAAAUGAUAAUGUAGCUUUAGAUUGACACAUGUUUUUUUUGUUAUUUUUUCAUAAAGAAUUUUAAAAUCAAUUGUGUUUGAGCUGAAGUAGCAGAAAAAUACAAGUUAUAUUCGAAAAUGAUUUGGCGAAAUCAUCCUAUGAAGCCAAAGUAAAAAAAAAAGAAAUAUGUAGAUUUCAAAAUUAGUAAACAAGUCUUUGGAUUUUGGAACAUACAAAAAGCUAACGCACUAGCCAUCACACGGGUGACGAGGCUCUCACUGAGUACGAACAUAUUUGUAUGAAAUUGAGAAAAACAAUAAACCAUAUAAAAAGAGU